AUGAACUCUAGAGCCAUGAGGAUCCACAGCAAAGGACAUUUUCAGGGUGGGAUCCAAGUCAAAAAUGAAAAAAACAGACCAUCUUUGAAAUCUCUGAAAACUGACAACAACAAAUCAGAAAAAUGCAAAUAUAAACCACUUUGGGGGAAAGUAUUUUACCUUGAUUUACCUUCUGUUUCAAUAGCUGAAAAACUGCAAAAAGACAUUAAGGAUCUAGGAGGGCGAGUUGAAGAAUUUCUCAGCAAAGACAUCAGUUAUCUUAUUUCAAAUAAAAAGGAAGCUAAAUUUGCACAAACCUUGAAUCGAAUUUCUCCUGUACCAAGUCCAGAAUCUGCAUAUACUGCAGAAACUACUUCACCUCAUCCCAGCCAUGAUGGAAGCUCAUUUAAAGCUCCAGACUCAGUGUGUUUAAGCAGAGGAAAAUUGCUAGUUGAAAAAGCUAUCAAAGAUCAUGAUUUUAUUGCUUCAAAUAGUGUAUUAUCAAAUGCUUUAACAUGGGGAGUAAAAAUUCUUCAUAUUGAUGAUAUUAGAUGUUACAUUGAACAAAAGAAAAAAGAAUUAUAUUUAUUCAAGAAGUCAAGCACUUCCAUGAGAGAUGUGGGGAAAAGAGUUUGUCCUCAGAAAACAAGAACAGGUAGACUAAAAAAGCCUUUUGUAAAGGUGGAAGAUAUGUGUCAACUUUAUAAGCCAUUUUAUCUUCAGUUGACCAACAUGCCUUUUAUAAAUUAUUCUAUCCAGAAGCCCUGCAGUCCUUUUGAUGUGGAUAAGUCAUGUAGCACCCAAAAGCAAACUCAAAUUAAACUAAGAAUCCAAACAGAUGGUGAUAAAUAUGAUGGAACCCCAAUUCAGCUCCGUUUGAAAGAGAAGAAAAAAAAAGGAUAUUGUGAAUGUUGCUUGCAGAAAUAUGAAGAUCUUGAAACUCAUCUUCUAUGUGAACAACACAGAAAUUUUGCACAGAGCACCCAGUAUCAAGUUGUUGAUGAAAUCGUAUCUAAGUUAGUUUUUGACUUUAUGGAGUAUGAAAGGGACACACCUAAAAAGAAAAGAAAAAAAUACAGUAUUGGAUCCAUUUCUCCUCUUAUUACAAAUGUCCUCACGAAGAAUGAGCCAAAAGAAAAUCUAGAAUUGCCACAUAUCCCUCAGGCAGAGUUCAGGAAAAAUAAUACACAGACGAUCGAGCAGAAUUCUCUGUAUGAAGAAACGCAGGAACCUGAACAAGGGCUUGUAUUUAUUACAGAACCUAUCACCUAUUUUUCAAGUGAACAAAGAGAACUUGAUGAGAAAGAUACUAGUAAAUGUUCCAUAUUAAAUGCAGCUGAAAAUCACAUGAAACUGAAUUUUUCACAGCUUCCUUCACAUAAAAAUAAAGAGGAAUGUAUUCUUGAUGUUUCGGAACAUAAAUUAAUUAUAAGUGAAAGUAACAUGGAAGAACUAAAAAAGGUGAAGAAUCCCUGUCCAUGUAUACUACAGAUAUCUAAACAAGUUUCCAAUUUCAGUAAGGAUAAUAGUACAUCUCAACUAAAACAAAAGUCCAGUACUGCCCAUUUUUCAUCAAAAGAUUUGAAGGACAGGGACUUUAGUUCAAUAUUUGGUCAUGAUUCUGAUCUGAUAGCAACAAAGAGUUCACAAGAGCACCUAACAAUUCAAGCAAAGACUCUGUCCUGUAGCCCUCCAAAGGAAUCCAAUGAAUGCAGCUUCAAGAAUAUGGAUAGAUUACCUUCUAGUAAAAUCCACCGGAAAGUGAAAUUAUUACUAGGAAGAAAUAAAAAAGAAAAUCUGGAACCAAAUGUGGAAUUAGAUAAGAAAAGAACUGAAUUUCUUAUCACACAAGAAGAAAACACAAUUUGUAGUUCACCAGUGCAAUCUCUACUGGACUUAUUUCAGACUAGUGAAGAGAAAUCAGAAUUCUUGGGUUUCACAAGCUACCCUGAAAACAGUAGUGCAUGUGAUGCGUUAAAUAUUUGGGAAGAAGAAAAUUCAGAUAAUCUGCUGUCAGUGUUUUUUUCUUCCCCUUCAAAUUCUACAUUUACUGGCUUUUAG